UGAGCCCCCACCGCGCAUGCCCGGCGGUGGAGGGUGGAAGGCGGGCGGACGAUGGACGGCGAUCUGUUGCUGGCGCUGCAGCUACAAGGGGCCUGGGAGGCCGAGGAUCGGGCCGGGCCCGCCGGCCGCCAGAAGCCGCCCGACCCCGAGGCCCCGCUCACGGUGGUGGAUGAGUCGUGGGAGUUGCUGGAUCCGAACCCGGACCUGCGCGCCCUCUUCCUGCAGUUCAAUGACAUGUUCUUCUGGGGGCAGCUGUCCGGGGUGGAGGUGCGCUGGAGCCCGCGGAUGACCCUGUGUGCCGGUGUAUGUAGUUAUGAGGGGAGAGGGGGACUAUGUUCAGUACGUAUUAGUGAACCUCUGAUGAAAUUGCGACCCAGACGGGAUUUGGUUGAGACACUAUUGCAUGAAAUGAUCCACGCCUUGCUGUUUGUCACAAACAACGAUAGAGAUCACGAGUCUCAUGGACCUGAAUUCUGCAAACACAUGAGAAGGAUCAACAGGGUGUCUGGAACCAAGAUCACUAUUUAUCACUCAUUCCACGACGAGGUGGAUGAAUACCGGCAGCACUGGUGGCGGUGUGAUGGACCCUGCCAAAACAGGCGGCCGUACUACGGGUACGUUAAACGGGCAAUGAACAGGGCACCGUCAGCUCAAGAUCCCUGGUGGCCUGAGCAUCAGCAAACGUGCGGUGGGACGUACACCAAAGUCAAAGAGCCUGAAAAUUACAAGACGAAGAAGGCAAAAGCGGAAGGGGCACCAGGAAAGCUCUCAAAAGCCACAAAGGAUAAAGAUAAAUCCGUGGGUGUCGAUAUACGUACAAUCCUGCCGUUCAGUGGAAAAGGUCACGUCCUGGGAGGCAGCAGCCCCAGCACAGCCCUGCAACGUGUGUCCUUGGGGAGGACUCCUGUGAGCUUGCCCACACCUUCUUCCCACCAUGUCUCCUGGGUUUCAGAACCAGCUUUCAACUCCAAUGGGCAAAAAGCUGCUCAAAGGACAUCAAGUUCAUCCUCGGAUUCAUGGACACCCUCUGUCCCUUCAGGGCGGCUGUUAAAACGUUCCGGAGACCACCUAGGUUUCACGCCGACAAAAAGGUCUGUUUCCAACGGCAGGGCUUUUAUCAGCAUCGAUGGGUCACCCGUACGGACAAAUAACACAAAUCCCGUGAACUCUGUAAAGAAGAAAGUGCCAAACAAUUCUCCAAAGGGGCUCGUUUCUGAAUUGCAACAACCACCUCUCCAACAGAAUAGGAAGACGGUGUGGCCUGAUUCAUCCUUUCCCAGAGGGACCAUUUUGUAUGCGUUUGGUAAAUCAACAGCAGAGAGGCGGGGAGGUCAGUCCUCUGGCGCAAGCACUUCCCGUGCAGCUGACACUGAGAAUUGGCACGGCCAGAAGAGUGCGUCCACCUCACCUCCACAGAUGGGUAACCCGGCUGACCGCAGUGGUGUGAGUGGCACUGUUAACUGUCCCGCCUGUCAGUCUACUGUCUUGGCUUCUGAAAUUAACCAACACUUAGAUUUGUGCCUUCACUGAUGGAGAAGUUAUUAGGAAAAUAUAAAUCGUGAGUUUUGUUUCAGAAUUGUCAGGAUCAGUAAGAAUCUUCAGGAGAGAGUGGUUGUUAAUUUGUUAAUUAAGUCAUUCUCAGAUUUUAUGUAAUUUAACUCGAUCAAUGCUAUUUGUCUCCAUAAGACUUUUAUAAAGUAAAACGUAUAUUUGGAACCUUGAUUAAAAUAUAUUGUGUAUAGUUUUAUGUCUUUGUUUAUGCUAUUUGUUAUGUGAUGCUUAACUCUGUACAGCCAAUUAAAACAAUGAUUUUUCAGUACAAUAAUUGCAAACUUAAUUUGGAUCGGAAUAAUUGUUUGAAUAAUUUAUUUUUCUAAUAAAGAUUAAAGUAAACUUUUUCCCUUUUGAUUUA